CGCUGCCGGCGGGGCGGGGAGGGCGGGCUGCGAUGAGGAUCGGGCCGCGGCGGUGACCGGAGCUGCCGCCCGACAUGAACUCGCUGGAACAGGCGGAAGAUCUCAAGGCUUUCGAAAGAAGACUUACUGAAUAUAUUCAUUGCUUGCAACCUGCCACUGGACGCUGGAGAAUGCUGCUUAUAGUGGUGUCUGUCUGUACAGCUACUGGUGCCUGGAACUGGCUAAUAGAUCCUGAGACACAAAAGGACUCUGAUCUGAAGGUUGUACUUGGUGCUCACCUGGAGGACUCUGAUCUGAAGGCUGUACUUGGUGCUCACCUGGAGGACUCUGAUCUGAAGGUUGUACUUGGUGCUCACCUGGAGGACUCUGAUCUGAAGGUUGUACUUGGUGCUCACCUGGAGGACUCUGAUCUGAAGGCUGUACUUGGUGCUCACCUGGAGGACUCUGAUCUGAAGGUGUCCUUCUUCACGUCACUGUGGAACCAUCCGUUUUUCACUAUCAGCUGUAUAACUCUGAUAGGCUUGUUCUUUGCUGGAAUACACAAGAGAGUAGUUGCACCAUCAAUUAUAGCUGCUCGAUGUCGAACGGUAUUAGCAGAAUACAAUAUGUCCUGUGAUGACACAGGAAAGCUAAUUUUGAAACCUAGACCUCAUGUUCAAUGACAGUCUGCACUAUCGCUAGGGAACCUAAACCAGUCUUUCCUCAAGUAAGUGGUACAGCAAAAUGCCAUAAAGGAUUGCUUUUGGAGUUGGACAUGUGAUGGUUUAGCAGCAACUGACAAGAAGCGUGCAAUAUUUGCCCAGAUGAUGUCGAUGAUGCUGGCUGAGCUCUCCGCGCCUCAGUACCUUUGAUUACCUGUGUUCAGUAUUAGUGUCACUUCAGCACUUCAGCCCCUGCACAGAACUCUGCAGAUGAAGUAUGUGUGUAUUACUAAGUUAAACUUAGGAACCAAACCUCCUUCGGUUUUUAUAAUGUAUUUUUGCAAACUACUGUAAAUAGCAAAUCAAUGCCAAUGUUAAACCAAGAGGAAAAUGUUUGGACAUCGUUCUCCUGCACCAGUAUUUCAGGAACCAUCUGCUUGACAUCUCCACAGCUCCUUAAACUGGCUAUUACGUGUGCCUUUCAUUCUUAACGCCUCUUUCCAUUGCUGCAGGAACAACAGCAGAUUCCACUUAGACUGAGCAAAUCUCAUCUCCAUUAUGUUGAAAAAUUUAUAGAUGUUUCGACAAUUUUUGUUAAGCCUGAUACUGGAUACUGGCAACUAUUAUAUUUUUCAGUAAAUUGUUUUCAUUUAACUCUAAAUUACUUUUUUAAAAAACAAUUUUAAAAAUACCCCAAAGUCUUCUGAAUGUAUAAGUUAAAAAAUUAUGUAUUGUCUGGGAAUUUGACAGACCUUAUUUUAGGUGACUGGAUUUUAUGCUGUGGUAGACGUGUUACACUAGUACCGUCCUGGUGUAGCUGAUGGGCCCAGGCAUCACUAGUAACACAGAACCACACCACAAACCGGAGCCUGCAGCUCUCACUCCUGGAGAGUGCUGACGGCAUACUGUGUAUGCGCAACAGCUACGUGUACUCCAGUAGCCCUUGAGAUGAAACUGUCGGGAUUGCUGUAAAUGCUUAAAGUACUAGAGGUGCCUUUUACCUGUUUAUUAGAAGAGUUUGAAAAGGUUAAAUUAUUUCAUGAGCAAUAUUUUAAAUUUCAUCCAACUUUAAACUAAAUUUGAAUAAUACGACAAAACCAUUUAACAAAGCUGCCAUUUAAUUUACAUGUAUUCAUCUUGACUUUCCUGUGUAUAAAAUCGCAUUCUCUGAAUUGCAGCAAUAAAACCCUCACUUCUAAGAACUCUCUUAAGAGGGUAUUCUGUAUGCUCUGCAUUGUUUCAUUUUCUGUAAAUUUUGUAGGUAAAUAUGUGCAUAAAAAUAAAUACUUUAUAUAUAACUA